AUGUCCUUCACAACUCCUCCUUCGGUCAUUGGACUUGGACCGCAAACUGUUGAAGGCCAACUGGCUGCAUUGCUAGUCACCAAGGGAGUACCAUGGACUGCAGUCUCUGAACGAGCUGCUUCUGCCAUCCACAAGCUUGGGGCAACGAAUAUCCAGAGUGCCCUGCAACAGGCCAACCCUUGGAAUGCACUGAAAGCCCUUGCAAGCCGACCUGGCAAGAACUUCCAGUACGUCACCAAAGAUGAGCUGCAAGCAUGCAUCUCUCAAAAGGCUGCGGACAAGCAUGGAGCACAGAUUUCCUCCAAGAAGAAACAAUCCAAGAAGCCCUUGCCAAAGGCUACCCCUCUUCAACUUGAUCCUGCUGCCCUUUCACUUCUUGAAGGGCAUUUUGUCGAUGCAGAGGAUGAAACAGUUCCCCAAAUCCAGCUUGCGCAGGUCACUGCUGACAUGCGUGGGAUUGCCAUUUGUGACCUCACACAGGCAUUGCCCUACAUCAAGGAGAACAAGAGCCUGAGUGCGGAUGCUCUUGCCCUGUUGAUCACACAAGAGGUCACAACUGAGCUCAAGGGAAUGGCUGAUCUUUGCGCACUACGAUUCCCAGCCACGUACCUGCCGACACAAGAUCCCAUGUUGAUCCAAGGCAGCCUUCUACAACUGGGGGAUGUCACAGUUAGCCGUCAUACCAUUGAUGACAUGCAUGCGGACCUGGAGGUGACUACUACGACCAUUCUGAAGAUCCAAGUCUUUCGAGAUGAAGUCACCAUCGCAUGGGAGCAGUUCAUCGCUUCACCCAUCAAGCACUUGAUCACAUUGGUUCCUAAGCUUCGUCUCUGUCCCAACCCACGAUGUGACAACAAAUGUCUCUUCUUUCAUUCAGCAGUGGAGGCCAACAUUGAGCAGGUGAUCCAUGAAAUCUGGGCACGCAAAUUCCAAUCCAUGGAAGGGCGCACCUUGCCUGCCGACCAAGCUGUGCUCUUUCAGGCGUUUCUGCGUGUGGCCUCCACGGCUGUUGAGGAGAUCUUGCCCUCCGUUGCCAAUGGGAUCUACUUUGGGCCACGCUGUGCCACCACAAAGUCAACUGACCCUGAAUAUGCCGUGGUUUGGAUUCCAGGUGCAACACUUGACACCGCGACUCACAAGCUCAAAAUGGUCUCUCAAGGCCUUGGCCUCGUGCGGAUGAAGCAGCGCUACGGCAUCCGAGUGAAGGCUGCUCACGAAGAGACUGUUUACAACCAAAUUCGACCAGGUGACUCCUUUGUACGUGUCACUGUCACCAAGAUCUUCAGGCUGCAUCCAUUGCCACAUGGACUUCAACGUGCUCAACUGGCUAAGCUUUUGUUGGAAUGGGCCUGGGAUGCCAAACCACUUCAACCUUCCCGUGGCUCUGCUGAUGGUGCCGCAUGGGAGGUUGGAACUUCGGCUGACCCACCCCAGCCGGUGAUGCAAGCUUUUGGCCAAGAUGUUCUCAUCAACUUGGUGAAGGACAAGCAGCAGCAUGACCUCCCUCCAGCCAUCAUUACUCCCACUGCCAACGCGGCUCAGUCCAAAAGGUAUGAUGCCAUUGCCACACAACUUCGAGAUGAUCUGACGGCGAAGUUCCAGGAGAAGAUCAACAAAAAUACGGCAGCAUCAACUACCGUGACAUCAGAGCUGGAACAUCGCAUGCAAAAGAUGGAGGUGGGGCUUACUGAGCUUCAAGCACACAAUCAUCGAGUUGGCCAUUGGAUGAAGGAAGCAGGCGCUCGCAUGGCAGCCCAGGAUGACCAACUUCAACAAGUACACCAACGUUUGGCACAGCAACAAGAAGAUCUUGUCACCGUUCGUACGGAAGUCCACUCUUCAGCAGCCAACCUACAUCAAGCCAUGCAGACCAGUUUCAACAAUAUGAAACAGGAGAUCGUGACUGACUUGUCCGCUUCUUUGGACAACCAGAUGUCUCGCUUUGAGACCCUCAUGACUGCCAAGAAGCCUCGCCUGACCACUUUGGUCACAGUUCCUGGUGCUCCACGAUGGGGUGAGGCACUACAUCCUGGACCUGCUGAUGUACCAGCCCCAGAUGACCUCUUCUGGGUGGGUUUUACAAACCCCACUGGGCUGCGCAACAAGGAGAUCCAAGCCCUUAAUACUGGGAAUUCCAUUAUCAAUUUCUCCGAGACCCAGCUCUCGAAACAAACUCAGAAGUCAUGCGCGGCUCGUUUGCGCCAUCUUGCCAUGACUCAGAAUCGCAAUCUUCGCAUCCAUUUGGGCUGCCCGGUGGCUGUUAGAACCACCUCUACUUGGGCAGGGACCUGGAGCGGAGUUGCCACACUGUCUGAUGUCUCCUCCGCUGAAGUGAUGCUGCCGUACGAAGGUGAACGAGAUUGUGGGCGUGUUCUUGCUACUCGCCAUUGUAUCGGUAGCCUUUCACUUCUGAAUGUGGUGGUGUAUGGGUUCCCUGCGGUCCCUUCUUGGCCCCAAUCCAAGGCCCUCACCCAAGAACUCUUGGCAAUCUUCACACGUGAAGUGGUUCUUGGUGCUAAGGGCCCACGCCUGAUCGGCGGUGACAUGAAUGUUGAUUCCACACAACUCCCUGUCUUUGAUUUGUGGCGACAGCAUGGCUGGUGCUCUGCACAGGACUAUGCUUCUCAGAUGUGGAAUCAACCCAAAGCUUUCACUUGCAAAGGCAAGACUGAGCGCGAUCUUGUUUGGCUCACUCCACAAGCACAAGCACUUUGCAAGGCUGUGGCUGUUCGUGACCACUUCAUGGAGCAUGCCACAGUUUCAGUCGGGCUCAGCAUUCCCUCUAAGACUGAAGUGCUACGUGCGUGGCCUCGGCCCUCUGCAAUUCCAUAUGCCGCCUUGGACCCUACAUGGAAAGAUGCUGCCACUCCUCCUACGUGGACUUGCUCUGGAGAUGUGGAUUCACAAUGGGCUCAACUUGCAGCAUCUUAUGAACAGUGCUUCCAUGGCUUUGUUCCUUCACAACCUGGGGGCAAGCUGACGCAGAAUCAGAUGGGCAGACUUCAGGCCACUAAGCCUGUCAAGCGUCGAUGUGAGACGCUUACUCUGCGAGCCAGUCGACCUGGCGAGGUUGAGAUGCGGAGCAACUUACUUGGCCGCGAAACACACUGCUGGUUCAAGCAACUACGUCGUCUGCAGUCCUACCUCCAUGCUAUCCGUGGGGCCAAACAGACUGCUUCGGCCAUCACCUAUCGACUUGAACUCUGGUCGGCCAUCAAACAGGCCACUGGAUUCACAGGUGGCUUUGCAGUUUGGUGGAUGCAUACGUUUGGGCUCAACUCUGAAGGCAUUCGCAUUCUUCCCUGUGCUCCGCCCCAUGAAGAGGUUGCUACCCAACUUUUUGACCAGUUCAAACAUGCAUAUGAACGUUUUGAAAGUUGGCAUUUGCGUCAACGAGGAGCUCUUCUCAAAGCUAAAUACGAACAUGGGCUAUCUGGAGUUUUCCAAGAUCUCCGCAAACAGCCACGAGAUCGACUGGACUCUUUGCAGCGCACUCAUCAUUAUGGGGUGCUUGCUACUGAUGGGGCUCAAGUUCAUGUUGACCAGCCUAUUCAUGUUGGUGGCAUUUCUCAUUGGUAUGUUGACGAAACUCCUCUUCAAGUUGGCGUUGUGAACGAGGUGGUCAUUGCAGUGGAUGAGACCUGUGACAUUGGUGAUGUUUUGGUUCAACAUCAAGUCAUCUCUGACGUUCCGGAACUUCAUCAAGAACUCCUUGACUACUGGACUCCAAUUUGGAACGCAAUGACGGAAGUUCCUACUGCUGACUGGCAACGCAUCAUGGAUUUUUUCGUUGCCUAUGUUCCCCAACUUACUUUCUCUCUGCCAGACAUCACUGUCAGCAUGUGGAGACGUGCACUGCGUAAGUACAAACCUACAGCUGCCCGCGGAGUUGAUGGGAUUUCUCAUCAUGAUUUGUUGGCAAUGCCUGAUCCUUGGGUUGAGCGCUUGCUGCAGUUGCUCCAACAGAUUGAACGAGGUGAACAACCCUGGCCCACCGCCAUCUUGUAUGGGGUAGUCAGUGUCAUAGCCAAGGAUCUGGGUGCCAAAACAGUUGACCGGUUCAGGCCAAUUGUUAUCUUCUCAGUGAUCUAUCGCACUUGGGCAUCGAUUAGAUCCAGACAGCUCAUCCGCAUCCUGGCUCCAUUCAUGGACGAGAAUGCCUUUGGGUUCAUUCCUGGCUGCGAACCCAGUCAGUUAUGGAUGGUGCUGCAGUCCGACAUCGAGUGCUGCCUCCUAACUGGAGCUGAUCUCACUGGACUUUCCACAGAUUUGGUCCGUGCAUUUAAUAAUGUGCCACGCCAGCAUAGCUUUGCCCUAGCCCGACAUAUUGGAGUACCUGACACUCUGCUGGUUCCAUGGGAGGGUUUCCUUGGCAAUUGCACAAGGGCCUUCGAGAUUCGAGGUUGGCUCAGUGCCCCAACAACUUCAAGCUGCAGGCUCCCAGAGGGCGACGCUCUCUCGGUCUAUGCGAUGAUUCAGUUGAAUUUUGCGUGGCACAUUUAUAUGAAGGCCUUUUCUCCGGCCGUGCGGGCAAUGAGUUUCGUGGAUAACUUGGCACUUGUCACCACUGCCCCAGCUUUGUUGGCUCGUGGACUUGCCUGCCUUGUGGAAUUUUUCAGACUGUGGAAUUUGGUUUUGGAUCAUGCCAAGUCUUAUUGCUGGGCCUUAGCUGCGGCUCAAAGGAAUCAACUGAACACCCUGCCCUUCAAGAUUGUCACCUCAGCUGACGAACUGGGCGGAGUGCUUUCCUUUUCGCGUAAGCAAUACACUGGCAGACAUGCAAAGAAGUUCCUCUCCUUGGAGACACGCUGGCAUGCGCUCCAAACCUCCUGUGCACCACCCCGGCAAAAGUUUGCCAUGCUUCCCAUUGUCUUUUGGUCUUCGGCCAUGCAUGGCAUUUACGGCAGUUGUUUUGGAGAUGCACACCUCGACAAGCUUCGUGGUAAAGCAGUGAUGGCGCUGAAAUUGAAGCGAGCUGGCGCAAAUCCUCUUCUACGUUUGGCACUGUCAUGUUCUCCAACUGCUCAGAUGACCAUACGAGCCCUACGUAGACUUGCGCUGAAGGAACCUAGAUUGCUUUCAAAUUGGAAGUUUUUCAUGCACCAUUUUGUUGGGAAUCUUUUUAGUGGACCUUUUUCUCAGUUGCUUGUGAUCACUACUCAAUUGGGGUGGGUUGUUAAUCCCCCUUAUUUGAUUGAUCAUGAUGGCAUUUCGCACCACUUGCUUCAUACGGCCACUGCAACCUGGGAUGAGCUUCUUUUUGAUGCCUGGCUCCAACAUGUUUGCCAACAAGUACGGCAUCGGGCUACCAUGGCUGACCUUGCCGGCAUUGAUCCGCACUUGGCGCUUGGGGUUGGCAAAGAGGCUACAGCACUGGACCGGGCCUUGAUCAGCUCCCUCCAGAGUGGCGCAUUCAUGAGUGCGGCACAACACAGCAAGUAUGACCUCACCAAGGAAAGUAUGUGUAUCAGCUGCAAUGUAGCUGACUCUCCACUUCACUGGCUUCAGUGCCCCAGGUAUGCAGACCAACGUGCUGAAGUGCGAGAAUGGCAGUCUCACACGGUCUAUGACACCAAGGCGCUGUUGAUGCACCUACUGCCAUCUCGCUUUCCCAGUGCUUGUUUGUGGAAAACUGCUUUGGUGAACUUGCCAGAUGACACCCAGACUUUUUUGACACAUCCCUCUAGAGGACACCAGCAUGUUUUUGUGGAUGGCACUGCAACCAAAACGAAGACACCAUAUGAUUUAGCUGCUUGGGGAUGCAUCAAUGCAACCACUGAAUCUAUCAUUGCAACGGGACAUGUUCAUGGUUUGGUUCAAACUAGUGCUCGGGCUGAAUUGAUGGCAGCGUUGAGUGCCCUCACAUGGCAAGCUCGCUUUCAGACUGACAUGACGCUUUGGAUGGAUGCCAAGUUUGUUCAUGAUGGCAUUGACUACCUGCGGCAGCAUGGGGUAGCUGCUGAUUGGUCUGACCAAGACCUCUGGAAUGGAAUUGCCGAUCAAUUGGAGCAGCUUGGAUCCCUCCAGCUUCAUUUGCGUUGGAUCCCCAGCCACCUUGAUGAAUCGCUGUUGGAAAAUCCUUUUGAAGACUGGGUUCAUCUUUGGAAUGGCAGGGUUGAGGCGCUUGUUGGUCAUUACAAUCUCAACCGCCCUGCUGACUUUCAAGAGCUUUGGAUGAGUGCACGGCGCUAUCAUUAUGAGGUCUCUCAACGACUGAAACAGCUGAGCAUUUUUUUUUGGUAA